CUUACGUAGGUGAAGACAAGGGAAAGUAUAAAUUCAAUAAAUAGUGAAGUGAUGUGUUGCCAGUCCCAAAAUGGCGGAGGCGGGCGUGGAGACAGCCUCUUCCUCGGCCAGAUUCUUCUGUCACAAGUGCAAUGUCGAGAUUACUCCAAAGUUACCAGACUAUGUUUGCCCACGAUGCAAUAGUGGUUUCAUUGAGGAGCUGGAGCGAACACAUGUCUCAGACAGUGACAGCUCAAGUGACACAGAAAUGGAAUCUUUUGAUAUGUUGGAUUUGAUAGCCCAAGAACCCCCAACCUUACCUGGUGCCUCUGCCUCUCCUGCUUCCUCUUCCUCAGUACCUGGUCCACGCAUAAGUCAACGAUUGAGACAUCUUAAUGCAAGACACAAUAGAAGAAGGGUCAGUGGAGGAGACCGCCACUCUGCACUUGCCCCUCUCAUUCAUGACCUCAUAAUGCAGAUGACCUCAGGGGUCAUUGAAGCCAGUGUAGGAGGAGCAGAUUAUGUUCCCCAAAUGGACAUUGACUGGCCGGGAUUUCCCGUUCUAGUUGCCUCAAACCUCGCUUCUAAUCCUGGAGACUAUGCCUGGGGACGGGGAGGGCUGGAUACUAUCAUCACACAGCUUAUGAACCAGCUUGAUGGUACAGGCCCUCCACCUCUAACAAAAGAUGAGAUUUCCCAAAUACCUACAUCCAAAAUCACCAAAGAGCAGUGUGAUAAAGGACUACAGUGUUCAAUUUGCAUGGAGGAUUUUACAGUGGAUGAAACUGUGCGUCGCCUGUAUUGUGAACACUGCUUUCACAAUGACUGCAUCAUUCCCUGGUUAGAAUUGCAUGGAACCUGUCCAAUAUGCCGCAAAUUGCUUCUGGAGGAUGGGCGGCCAGUAAUGGGAGCCUCAGCAACUCCUGGGAAUAAUCCUCCUAGCUCUGGUCCAAGGUUAAUAAGACCUCAGAUGGGGGUUCCAUCAUCACUCCCAAGCAGUAGCAAUGCCUCAUCCUCUUCAUCCUCCACCAGCAGCACCAGUUCUCCAACUUCUAGGUCUUCUUCAGCCAGACCUAUGUUUGAGGAAGAGCUGGAUUGAUGUUUGGAGGAUCUUAUUUAGAAAAGUUCUGUUUUUACAUCACAACAGCACUGUAAUUGUUUGCUCAACUUCAUUGAUGUUCAAACAUGUGCAGAAAAUUAAUGAUUCUUCCAUUGACAGAUUAUGUAAUAUUCUUUCAGCAUAAAAGGUAAUGUGUCAUAUUUGCAAAAAGUAUGCUUAAAAUUUUCAGUUACAUCCAUGUGUUUGAAGGUGAAAAUUUUCAGUUACAUCCAUGUGUUUGAAGGUGUAAAUUCAUAAAUAUGAAAGUCGUGCAUUGUCCACAAAUGAGAUUGGGCCAGUGGUAGAUUUCCAUUUUUAAAUUAUUUUUUGUUAAUGAAUCACAAAUGAAAAGGGAGUGAGUAAAAUAUAUUGGUUUACUUCUUGUGGUAUUAUGUUUCAUGGUGUCUAAAGCAAGAUGUGGGCAAGUUUUCUUAUAUUUAUCCUGGUCCAUUCUCUCUCUAAAAAAAAAAAAAAAAAAAAAAAAAGAACUACUAUCGUUUGAUCUCCAAGUCUGAGACUGGAGCCUCUAAAUAUUGCAGGUAUUGCCAGUAAUAAAUUUGUUCCACCCAUUUCCAGCAGUUUUUGAAAUUAAGGUCUUAGAAUUCAGGUAACAACUAAAAGAACCUCAUUAUCAUCUAGCUGCUUGGUAAAUAAACUGUUCAGGUUUUUUUAAGGGUUUAUAUACAAAGUGCAUUUAUGGAGUUGUUUAGCAUCUAUGAAAGAUCUUUGUAGCAAUUAGUUGAUCAACUUGUUUGAUGCUAAAUUUUUGCAAAAAAAAAAAUAAUAAUAAUGUAAAGAUGCUAAAGGUAACAACAUGUUCCUCCUGUCAUCUUUGUAUUCAAUGCCUUGAAUCUUCAGAAGGAAGAACAAACUUUAGAAUUGUCACUAAAGCAACUGUAAAUAGAACUAAUGUGUUUCACUGCCCUCUGUAGGCAUGUUGCAUUAGCUCAUUGUACAGUUAAAUCAAACACAUCCUUGACAUUCAGGGACACUCAAAUUUAUAUUGACUUCACCAUAUAAUGUGAUGUAUAGUCCAGUGUGUUUGUUUACAUGUACUAAAGCUAAACCUACUCUUGCAUAUACAUUCAUUUGUGGAUGGUAAUGGCAUGUCUGCUUCAGCAGCUUGAGGUUUCACUUUUUCUUUUUAUGGAUCACUAACUUCACCUUGACUGGCUUCCUUGAGUUCCAGAGUUGUAUAAAGUAGAUUUUUGGAACCUUAUCAUUAUACAACUUGUACCAGACCUUGUAUUAGUAAGCAAAAAAAAAAAAAACAAUCACUAAUGAUGUUAGCACUUUUAGUAAGUCCAGUUAUGGGAAGUGAGCUUGUAAAUUAUUUGCCCUCCCCAGCAUCUCAAGAGCACACUGACAAGAGACAGCUAUAGCUGGUGGCAUUAUAAAAUUGCCAGCUAACACCAUUUGCUUGUUAAUGAAGUAUAAAGCUAUUGUGCCAGGAAAGUAGCAUUUCUAUUUAUUUAUUAAUAUUUUAAGAGGAAAAGAACCCUGGUGUAAUCUUAUUUAUGGAUACAAAAUUAUUCCAUACAUAUGGUGGACAUCCUUAGUUGAAACAUGUACAUGACAACAUACUGAUGUUUAUUGACAUACAACAGAUAUAUAAAGACAAACAAACCUGAUCGAGUUUUAUAAUAUCCAGUAAUGUGUAUUAUAAUUGCACACUUUAAUGCAAGAAAAUAGGGAAAAAAAUGUGAUGAGUAGCAUUCCAUGAAGUGCAGUUUCAGCAGAUGUGCAGUUCACAUAUCUCCUUUGAUACAUCUUGAUACAUUGCAGUUUAGCUGAACUCUAAAGUCUUUAUACUGGUCAGACUGAGUUUCCUGCUAUUAUUGAAGUGACAAAGAAACAACAAAUUGAUAUAUUUAUUAUUGACUAUGUGUAGCAGCAGAAUGGAAUAAUUGUUUUUGUACAUUGUGCUGUUUUGUAUAACCCUUUCCUAUUCUGAGGACUUUUCACAGCAAUGAAAAAUAACGUGUGAAUAGUGGACUUGACAUUUAGCAAAACUACGUAGUUGUCAUUGCUUUUGGAGCAGUAUGAUUUAGUGUGAUCUCUUCUCUAUAUACUUUCUUUCUUAAAAUACAACUGUAUAUGCAAUUUUAAAGAAAAUUUCUAUAGCUAUGUCAUGAAAAGAAGAAAAUGCAUCAUGAAUAUUAAUGUUUGGCAAUCAAUUUUUAUUAAAGUUGAAUAUUUUUGCAUAAAUGCUUUUUUUUUUUUUUUUUUUUUUUUUUUUUGCCUAUGCUAUGGUAUAUUACAUAAAUUACUAAGUUUAAAAAUGCAACCUAAUUGACCUCUAUCAGUAGGUAUUUUGCUAUGAGCUUUGCAAAUAAAACAUGCAUACACGACUUCAAGAUGCCCUCUGCUAUGGGUUGCGUGAAAAAGCAGGUUUUGGCUGACAUUCAGAAUGGUAAAGGGUUAAAGUAUAUUUUGAUUUCAGUGGGAGAAAGUAUGAGGAAUUCCAAACUCUUACAUGAAAAAAUCAUGUAACAAUGGUUUGUCUAAAUGUCAACUUCUUAAAUAGUUAUUUCACAAGCACUGACAAAACACACACACACACACACACACACACACACACACACACACACACACACACACACACACACACACACACCAAAAAAUUCUGUAACUCAUAUACCAGAAAAUCCUGCUGUCUUACAGCAUAGCAAAUUGUUAUAGUAACAUUUUGUAUAUAAAACCUGUAAAUGCAUUUUCUUAUGUAUGGAGUUUAUAUAAUAUGUACAAAAAUUAUUUAGUUUCAUGUCCCCAAAUGUUUCAGCUAGUCCUUGGGUCUGUUGCAUCAUGGGGAAUUGUAUCAUAUUCACUGGUCAGAAGAGAUAAGUUUUUAUUUAGCAAAGAAAAAAAAAAUCAGUUGGUAAAUUUAUUAAGGUAUCAAUAAAUAUAGUUUUCAUC